UAUUAAUUGUUUUCUGCGGAUUUUCAACAGAUACAGUUAUUGAUUUGUGUUAGAAUUAAAAAUGUUCUUUUUAAAAAUGACUGACAUUAGUUUACUAUGUUCAAUAAUAUUUCUUACAUUAUCUACCGGCACAUCUAAACCUAAAAAUAUCCUUGACACAUUGUUUUCAAAUGUUGGAUGGAAAGAAUUGAAUGAUGUAAUUAAUGUUUUCUGGAUGGGAAGAUAUUACACAUUAUCUAUUGAACCUAAAAGUACCGUUUCUUUCGGUGGGAAAAUACGCGGAGCUACUUUAAUACUCGGUUGUACAUUCGCAAGGGAUUUAAAGAAAAUAUUUUUAAUGUUACAUUAUUAUCUUUGCUAUUGUCCUCUAUCAAUUGGCAACACAAACAUCUAUAAUUGUACCGUUGAGUUAUUGGAAAUAAUAAAAAAAUUAUCUUUAUUGGCAACAAUAAUGAAGGAAUCAUUGAUGGCAUUGGAUGAUCUGCAUACUAAACCAUGGGCUGAUUAUACUAGCUAUACUUUUUACUAUCAUUUGUCACUUUUGCAAAGGAUUCCAAGGAAAUUUGUAAGUGAACGUCCGUUACUAAAUGAUCCAUCAACGUCUUUAAACAUAUUAAAAUUUAUUAAAGUUGAUUUUGAAACAAAGGAAAAAGAUAUUACAGAUGACCUUAAAUGUUGUAAAUAUGUAAUCAAUAAUUUAAAUUCAAUAAAAAGAGACUUAAAGGAUCAUAUUCAAAAAUAUUCAAAUGAUUCAAAUAGGAAAAUAUUUUUAGAUUAUGUGAAAGAAAAACUCAACAAUGAAAUGAAUAAUAUUGUUUUAAAAAAGUAUCAUAAUUUAGGGUUCAUUUAUAACCCACAAAAUAAAAUGAUCGAUGUAUCAAUACCUGAUGAGUUAAAGACAAAUUUUAAAAAUAAAUCUGAAAAAUCAAGUACAUUAUCACUUAGGGAUGAAGCUAUAAAAUAUAAUCAGAAAUCUAGCGCCGAAAUAGAAGAUCUAUUAGAUUUUCUCAAUCAAGGAUUGAAAAAGAAUAAUUUAUCUGAAGGGAAGUCGGAAGAACCUACCCAAAAGAAACUAAAGUCCUCCUAAUCUAAUAAUUUGUUUUUUAUCGUUUUAAGUAUUAAAAUUAAAAAAAUAGACAAAAUUAUAAAUUCUUUAUGCCCAGAUAUUAACAAUUUAAUUCGCAAUAAUAAAUGUGUUAUGUAAUUUUAAGUUCAAUAAAUACUGAGUUUUUCGAUAACUAAACGAGUUAUUCUGUCUGUAAACCGCUUUAAAACGUUACUGCUCAACGUAUUCAAAUAAUAUCGAAAACGCUUAUAAAUACUUAAUCAAUAUGUACGAUAAAUCAAA